CCACUACAACCCGUGAGACGAUCCAAACGACAAGAUAAUAAACACAGAAACGGGUGCUGCCCAUGGUCAAGAUGCUGUGGUAUGGGUGACCUGCGUCCUCGUACGGUGUGGCUCGGCCACCCAGAGAAGAGGGAGCAGAGGUACCCUAGGAAUGUCAUCAACAACCAGAAGUACAACUUCUUCACCUUCCUUCCUGCGGUUCUCUACAACGAGUACAAGUACUUCUUCAACUUGUACUUUCUGCUUUUGGCCUGCUCGCAGUUUAUUGAGGAACUACGUCUGGGUGCCCUCUACACUUACUGGGUUCCUCUGGGUCUUGUUUUGAUUGUCACCGUCAUGAGAGAGGCAGUUGAAGAAAUCAGAUGCUAUCUCCGAGAUAAAGAGGUCAACUCUCAGAUUUACAGCAAGCUGUCUACAAGAGGCACAGUGAAGGUCAAAAGCAGUGGCAUUCAAGUUGGAGAUCUUAUUAUUGUGGAAAAGGUUUGUGGAAGAGUUUUUUUCAUCCACAUCUGUGAGUGGUUUUGCAUUUUAGGACUGUCACGUUACAAAUUAUAUGAGGCCGAGUAUUUGAGGACCUCUGAAAGAAAUGGCUCCUGCUUCCUGCGGACUGACCAACUGGACGGAGAGACAGACUGGAAACUGCGCCUCCCAGUGGCCUGUACGCAGAGGCUGCCCACUGCUGCUGAUCUGCUCCAAAUCAGAUCGUACGUGUACGCAGAAGAGCCAAAUAUUGAUAUCCACAACUUCAUCGGAACUUUUACCAGGGAGGAUGGAGACCCCCCAGUCAACGAGAGCCUCAGCAUUGAGAACACUCUGUGGGCCAGCACCGUUAUCGCCUCUGGCACAGUGGUGGGGGUGGUGAUUUACACAGGAAAGGAGCUGCGCAGUGUCAUGAACACCUCCAACCCUCGGCACAAGGUUGGUCUGUUCGACCUGGAGGUGAACUGUUUGACUAAGAUCUUGUUCGGAGCCCUGGUGGUGGUGUCACUGGUCAUGGUAGCCCUACAGCACUUCGCUGGCCGCUGGUACCUCCAGAUCUUUCGCUUCCUGUUGCUCUUCUCUCACAUUGUUCCCAUCAGUCUGCGUGUGAAUCUGGACAUGGGAAAGAUGGUUUUCAGCUGGAUGAUCAAGAAAGACUCCAAGAUCCCCGGGACAGUGGUGCGGGCGAGUACGAUACCAGAGCAGCUGGGGCGCAUCUCCUACCUGCUGACUGACAAAACAGGAACUCUCACCCAAAAUGAAAUGGUCUUCCGGCGCCUCCAUCUUGGAACUGUAGCUUAUGGAAUGGACUCGAUGGAUGAAGUACAGAGCCAUGUGUUCAGCGCAUACACACAGCCCACCCAUGACCUUCCAGCCUCCAGGGCUCCAGGAGCCACUAAGGUCCGAAAGACCAUCAGCAGCAGAGUUCACGAGGCGGUGAAGGCCAUCGCCCUGGUGCACAACGUGACGCCGGUGUACGAGGCCAACGGCGUGACAGACCAGGCCGAGGCGGAGCAGCAUUAUGAAGACGUAUGCAGGGUCUACCAGGCCUCCAGUCCAGAUGAGGUGUCGCUGGUGCAGUGGACUGAGAGUGUUGGCCUUACACUCGUGGGAAGAGACCAGUCAUCCAUGCAACUACGGACCCCUACUGGCCAAAUUCUGAACUUCACAAUCCUUCAGAUAUUUCCCUUUACCUACGAGAGCAAGAGGAUGGGCAUCAUAGUCCGAGAUGAAUCAACAGGGGAGAUCACCUUCUACAUGAAAGGUGCUGAUGUGGUCAUGGCGGGCAUCGUCCAGUACAACGAUUGGCUGGAGGAGGAGUGUGGAAACAUGGCCAGAGAAGGUCUGAGGGUCCUGGUGGUCUCUAAGAAGUCACUGACGGAGGAGCAAUAUCUGGAUUUUGAGGCGCGGUACGUCCAGGCCAAGCUGAGUGUCCACGACCGCUCUCUGAAGGUGGCCACUGUGAUUGAGAGUCUGGAGAUGGAGAUGGAACUGCUGUGUCUGACUGGUGUGGAAGACCAGCUCCAGGCUGAUGUCAGGCCCACCCUGGAGAUACUGCGCAAUGCAGGCAUUAAGGUGUGGAUGCUGACAGGUGACAAGCUGGAAACGGCCACGUGCACAGCGAAGAACGCUCAUCUGAUCACCAGAAACCAGGACAUCCAUAUCUUUAGACCUGUGACGACGCGAGGCGAGGCUCACCUGGAGCUCAACGCCUUCAGGAGAAAACACGACUGUGCUCUGGUGAUAUCUGGGGACUCGCUGGAGGUUUGUCUGAAGUACUAUGAGUAUGAAUUUAUGGAACUUGCCUGUCAGUGUCCCGCUGUGGUCUGUUGCCGCUGCACCCCCACUCAGAAAGCACAAAUAGUUCGGCUGCUGCAAGAGCGCACAGGCAAACUCACCUGUGCUGUGGGGGACGGAGGAAACGAUGUCAGCAUGAUCCAGGAAGCCGACUGUGGCGUGGGAGUGGAGGGAAAAGAGGGAAAGCAGGCGUCCUUGGCUGCUGACUUCUCAGUGACUCAGUUCAAACAUCUGGGUCGUCUCCUCAUGGUCCACGGUCGGAACAGUUACAAGAGGUCUGCGGCCCUCAGCCAGUUUGUCAUCCACAGGAGCCUGUGCAUCAGCACCAUGCAGGCGGUGUUCUCCUCUGUGUUCUACUUUGCUUCAGUCCCUCUCUACCAGGGCUUUCUGAUCAUUGGCUACUCCACCAUCUACACCAUGUUCCCUGUCUUCUCCCUGGUGUUGGACAAAGAUGUCAAGUCUGAGGUCGCCAUGUUGUAUCCAGAGCUUUACAAAGAUCUUUUAAAGGGUCGACCUUUAUCUCUGAAGACGUUUCUAAUAUGGGUUCUGAUAAGUAUCUAUCAAGGGAGCAUCAUCAUGUACGGGGCUCUGCUGCUCUUUGAGUCAGAGUUCGUCCACGUUGUUGCCAUUUCCUUCACCUCUCUGAUCCUGACCGAGCUGCUGAUGGUGGCCCUGACCAUCCAGACCUGGCACUGGCUGAUGAUUGUGGGGGAGCUGCUGAGCUUGGCCUGUUACAUCGCCUCCCUGGUGUUCCUGCACGAUUUCAUUGAUGUGUACUUCAUCACCACGCUGUCGUUCCUGUGGAAGGUGACGGCCAUCACGCUGGUGAGCUGUCUGCCUCUCUACAUCCUCAAGUACCUGAGGAGACGCUUCUCACCGCCCAGCUACUCCAAGCUGACCACAUAAUCCCCCAGAGGAGCCUGGAGCCUGGAGCCUGGACCCGGUCUGUGUGGGACCACAGCAGAGUCAGCUUUACUGGGAAUCAGAACAUGGAUUCAGCCCCUCCGUUUUCUUUGUAAAGAUGGACAGAGACUUUGGUCAAAGACAAGUCGUUUACUUACAGGAA